UUUGUGCCCAACGAGUGGCCCAAUAAACAUAAACGACACUGCGUCGAAGCGCUUCUUCAGUUGGUAGCUAGCAACUACGACUAGCCAUGGCUUCAGCCACCGUGAAACCGCUUCUCUCGCCGCCGCCGCUGUUGCUGCUACUCCUCCUUCUUCCGUCGCUUCUCCCCAUCGCUCUCGCUUACAAACCCGGCGACGUCGUUCCCAUGAGCCGCAUGGGUCAAUACCACUCCUCGAGAACCGUGUGGCAGGACCUCAUUGGCCGCCAUUGCCCCAUCUUCGCAGUGAAUCGUGAGGUGUUGAUGCCCUUACCCAAGCCCACAGGUUACACUGGUGCUGAUCCGUAUAAAAUAUCAUUUCAAGUUGGACGGGAGAAAUUUUUCGUCCCAUGGCUUCUAGUGGUAAAUCGGAAAAGUACAGAGGUUCCCUUGAUUGAAGUUGAUCUGAGGUAUUCAGGAAGUGAUUUUCAUGGUGUCACAGCAAAAGUUGUGGAUAUGCCUCAUCACUAUGUUGAAAUUCAUCCUGAGAUUCGUAAACAAUUCUGGGAUGCCGAGCAUUGGCCAAAGCAUAUACUUGUGCGAUAUACAUGGAAGGAGCAUUCAGAAAUAGAUGUAACUUCAGGAUUUUAUGUUCUGUUCGGUUCAGGGCUGAUGUUGUCUUUCAUCCUCUCAAUCUACAUUCUGCAAUCAUCCCGGGACAAAUUGGAAAGAUUUGUAAGGGAAACGGUUGCAGAAAGCAACGUGCCUAUUGGAGAGAUAGCAAAGGUUGAAUGAUGCAUUCCUAGUGCCACUUAUACAAUACUGUCUUAUUGUAUUCAUGAAUUGUCAAAGAACAGUUCGGGAUGAGAAGUUCUUGCAUGCCCAGAUAUGAACAAUAACUUGUUUCCAUGAUGAAAGGGGUCAGUGUGAAUUGAAGUGGAUAAAUUUUUUUGACAGGGAGUUGUGAAGUGAAUAGCAGUAAAAGGUGAGAGCUUGGAUGUAUUACAAUUUAUAGGGAAGUCUGUAUUGUAACACUGUAUUAGGUGAAAUGCUUCAAAGACACUACAAAAAUUUAAAUGUAGCGUUUUAUUUUAAACUGAUUAAGCAAUCUUUUGAACCUUGCUAUUAAUUUUGCUGAUUGCUAUCCA